AUGGAUCCAAGAAAAGUUCAUAGUGACAUACAUGACCAGGUCAAGUCUGGUUUGAACUUUGCAAAUUCUGAAGAUCGACUCUUCCUUCGAGAGUCAUUAGAAAGCAUAAAUAAUUCGUUAUCACUUACAAUGAACAACAUUUGUGUAGGUGAGGCUGGUGAUAAGCUUCUGGAAGAUCCAAGCAAGGAGAACAAUUUGGAGACUUGUGGUGAGGAAAUGCAACAAUGUCAGAUUCAGAACAACAUCCAAGAACUGGGAUACAAAACCCUGCAAGUAACCGAUGAGAUGAGGAAUCAAAUCAAUGAAAAAAGUAAGGAGGCUUUUGAAGUCCUAGCUAAAGGUGAACUUCAAAAAGCUGUUUGCUUGUUCACCGAAGCCAUUGAGUUAAAUCCACAUAUUCCCAGUUCCUACCUUAACAGGGCCAAUGUUUUUAUGCAGUUGCAGGAGCCAAAUGCUGCCAUCAAAGACUAUGACAUAGCCAUUGAGCUGAAUCCAAAAUCAGCAGAGCCAUUUAGACUGCGAGGGAAAGCAUUCCACAAUUUGGGGCAUUUGAGAGAGGCAACCUGUGAUCUUGCUUUAGCUUCUAAAUUGGAGUAUGAAGAAGAGGCCAACGCUGUGGUGAGAAGACUGAAGUUAGGGUUUCAAAGGAUUUCUGAGAGGCAGGCAAAGUGUGCCCUGAGAUAUAAGGAACCUGAGAUACUGGAGAAGGUUAAGAAUGCAGAGGCAUGUUUGGAGGAUGAGGGAAAGGAUCAGAGAGAAAACAACUUUAGCAGACCAUUGGAGAAUGAAGUGGCAAAUGGUAAAGAGGAAGAGGUUAAGCUAGAUCAUGAUGGUGAUUCCCAAGAGAUGAUAGAUGAAAAGGUGGAGACAGCUGAGAUGUGGAAGCAGGCCAGUGGAAAAAAGAAAGAAGCUUUUGAUGCAAUGGAGAAAGGUGAACUGCAAAGAGCCAUUGACCUGUUAACUGAAGCUCUCAAAUUAAACCCCCAUUGUACCAACCUGUAUAUUUGCCGAGCCAGCACCUUUCUAAAGUUGCAUAUGCCAAAUGCUGCCAUAAGAGACUGCAACCAAGCCAUAACAAUAAACCCUAAUGCAGCAUUACCAUAUAAGUGGCGUGGUGGAGCAUUUCGUCUGUUGGGUUACUGGCAGGAGGCUGCUAAAGAUCUUUCUUUGGCCUGUCAGUUGGAUUAUGAUGAAGAUACCUAUGCCAUGCUGAAGGAGGUAGAAGCAGAGGCCCCAAAAAUGUUAACAUUAACUGUUGAGCAAAGCAUUAAAUGUUGGGGAAAGCAUGACGAAAAAUGUAACAGGGGAAACAUUUUUAAGGAGAAGAUGAACAAGAUGAAGGAAGCCUCUAUGGACCAAGAGAGAACACUGCCAAAGAUUCUCUUGAAGAAAUCAAAAACUCAAGAUACUGCUUCAGAAGAACAGGAGAAGAGUAAAUUUAAAAUCUCCAAAGAAAAGAAAGCUUCAUAUCAUUAUGCCCAAGAACAUGAAACAUUUCAUUUUCAUUUUCCAGAAGAACAAGGCAAAGCAUAUCUUACGUAUACUGCAGAGCAGGAAAAAGAACAACUAACAGCUCAUGAAAAAUAUGAAACAUCUGAACUUCAGGAACUAGGGAGUCAGGAGGGAGCUAAGAGUGAGCUUGAAUGCAUUAAUAAAUCAGAGAGCGAGGAGAGUGAAUUGGAAAUUGAUACUGAAGAGGUAAUUGAGCCAGAUGAAGAUGUUCCUCAAGAGAUGGGAGAUGAAAACAUGAGAGUUACAGAUGAAAUGCGAAAACAAGCCAGUGAAAAGAAGAGAGAAGCCUUUGAUGCAAUCAAUAAAGGUGAACUUUUAAAAGCUGUAGAUCUGUUCACUAAAGCUAUUAAGCUCAAUCCACACCUUACCAUCUUAUAUGCAAAUCGAGCCAGGGUCUAUUUGAAGCUUCAGAAGCCACAUGCUGCAAUCAGGGACUGUGAUAAAGCCAUACAGAUCAACCCUGAUUCUGCACAGCCCUAUAAGUGGAGAGGAAAAGCACUACAGCUACUUGGUUACUGGCAGAAGGCUGCUAAAGACCUUGCCUUAGCCUGCCAAUUGGAUUAUGAUGAAGAAUGCUAUGCCAUGUUGAAGGAGGUACAACCAAAGGCUCAGAAAAUUGCCAAAUACUGGAGAAAGUGUGAGCAGAAACUUGAGGAAAAGAAGUAUAUGGAGCUAUUAGAAAGACUGCAGGAAGUUCGUGAAAAGCAUGAAAGGCCACAAAGUAGACUAGAGGAAAGAGAUGACAAGGUAAACACUGAAGACCAGAGAGGAGCUUGGAAGGAAACCAUGAAGGAGCACCCAAGAGUCAGACAAACAGUCCUGAGGAAACAGGAGAGCAUGUCCCAGGAGGAGCUGGAGAGAAGUCUGCAAGAAAGCAUAAGGAAACAAUACCGAUCUUUUGAAAAGGAGACUGAGGAACAAGAAAACUUUCAGCAGAAGUUAUUGGAAGAACAAGAGAGUCCUCAGCAGAAGGAAGUUAAAUUCCAGGGAAUAGUCCAGCAGAAAGAGCUGGAGGAACAGUUGAUAGCCCUUCAACAGGAACUUGAAGAAAAGCUGAGAGCUUAUCAAGAAGAGUUGGAUGAAGAGGAGAAUGCUCUGCAGAGAUUAUUAGAAGAACAGGAAAAAUCGCAGCAGAAGGUACUUUAUCAACAAGAAAGAGCUUACAAAAUGAUCCUAGAAGAACAAGAGAGAGUUCAGAUGCUGGCUCUGGACGAACUAGAAAGAGCUCAGCAAGAGGCUUUGGAGGAUUUGGCAAGAGCUCGAAAGAAAGCCCUGAGGGAACAAGAAAGAACUCACCAACAAGCCCUGGAAGAACAGGAGAGAGCUCUGGAAGCUCUGGAAAGAGCUCAUAAACAAGCAUUGAAAGAACAGAAAAAAGUUCACGUGGUUGCCAUGGAAGAACAGGAACUAGCACAAAAAAAAUCUCUAGAAGAAAAGAUGAUGGCUGAGGCAGCUCUGGAAGAACUCCUGAGAACUCAGAGAAAAUUCCAAGAAGAGCAGGAAAGGGCUGAAAAGAAAGCAAUGGGAGAAAGAGAGAAAGCUCAGGAGGCCUUAGGAAAAAUAGAAAGUGCUCAAAAGAAGGCUGUGGAGGAACAGGAAAGAGCCCAGAAAGCCCUAGAAGCUUUGGAAAGAGUUCAUAAACAGGUAUUGGAGGAACAGAAGAAAGCACAGAUGGUAGCCAUGAAAGAACAGGAGCAAGCACAGAAAAAAUCUCUAAAAGAAACAAAUAUGGCUGAAGCAGCCCAGGACAAACUAUCAAGGGCUCAAAUAAAGGUUUUGGACAAUCAGGAAGAGGCUGAGAAUAAAGCAAUGGAAGAAAGAGAGAUGCUUCAAAAAGGCCUAGAAGAACUAGAGAUUGCUCAGAAGAAGGCUUGGAAGGAACAGGAAAGAGCUGAGAAAGCCCUGGAGGCUCUGGAAAAAGCACAUAAGCAGGCACUGGAAGAACGGAAGAAAACACAGGAAAAAACUCUUAAAGAAAAGAAGAUGGCUGAGGCAGCCCUGGAUGAACUCUCACAGGCACAAAACAGGUUUAAAGAAGAGCAGGAAAGGGCUGAGAAGAAAGCAAUGAGAGAAAAAGAGGUAGCUCAGAAGCCCCUAGAAGAGUUAGAGAUUGCUCAGAAGAAGGCCCUGGAGGAACAGGAGAAUGCUCAGAAAGCUCUAGAUGCUCUGGAAAGAGCUCAUAAGCAGGCACUGGAAGAACAGAAGAAAGCCCAGAUGGCAGCCACGGAAGAGCAGAACCGAGCACAGAAAAAAUCUCUAGAAGAAAAGAAGAUGGCUGAGGCAGCCAUGGAACAUCUCCUUGAGAUUCAGAGGAAAGUCCAAGAAGAGCAGGAAUGGGCUGAGAAAAAAGCAAUGGAAGAAAGAGAAGUACUUCAAAGGAGCAGAGAAGAAUUAGAGAUUGCUCAAAAGAAGGAAUUCGAUGAACGGGAGAGAGCUCAGAAAGCCCUGGAUGCUCUGGAAAAAGCUCAUAAGCAGGCACUGGAGGAACAGAAGAAAUCUCAUAUGGCAGCCAUGGAAGAACAGGGACUAGCACAAAAGAAAUCUCAAGAAGAAAAGAAGAUGGCUGAGGAAGCUCUGGAAGAACUCCGAAGUGCUAAUAAAAAGUUCCAAGAAGAACAGGAAGCAGCUGAGAAGAAAGCGAUGGAAGAAAGAGAAGUACUUCAGAGGGGCCUAGAAGAAUUAGAGAUUGCUCAAAAGAAAGCAUUGCAGGAACAGGAGAGAGCUCAUAAGCAGGCACUGGAGGAACAGAAGAAAGCCCAGAUGGCAGCCAUGGAAGAACAGGGACUAGCACAAAAGAAAUCUCAAGAAGAAAAGAAGAUGGCUGAGGAAGCUCUGGAAGAACUCCGAAGUGCUAAUAAAAAGUUCCAAGAAGAACAGGAAGCAGCUGAGAAGAAAGCGAUGGAAGAAAGAGAAGUACUUCAGAGGGGCCUAGAAGAAUUAGAGAUUGCUCAAAAGAAAGCAUUGCAGGAACAGGAGAGAGCUCAUAAGCAGGCACUGGAGGAACAGAAGAAAGCCCAGAUGGCAGCCAUGGAAGAACAGGAAUUAGCACAAAAAAAGUCUCUAGAAGAAAAAAAGAUGGCUGAGGCUGCCCUAGAACAACUCUUGAGAAAGGUCGAAGAAGAACAGGAAAAAGCAGAGAAGAAAGCAAUGGCAGAAAAAGAGAGAGCUCAGAAGACCAAAACAGAAUUAGACAUUGCUCAGAAGAAGGCCCUGGGGGACUUGGAGACAGCUAAAAAAAAGGCCAGGGAGGAACAGGAAAGAGCCCAGAAUGCUCUAGAAGCUCUUGAAAGAGCUCAUAAGCAAGCACUGGAGGAACAGAAGGAAGCACAGAAAAAAGCUCUUAAGGAAAAGAAAUUGGCUGAGGCAGCCCUAGAUGAACUCUCACGGGUUCAGAGAAGGGUCCAAGAAGAGCAGGAAAGAGCUGAGAAGAAAGCAAUGAGAGAAAAAGAGGUAGCUCAGAAGCCCCUAGAAGAGUUAGAGGUUGCUCAGAAGAAGGCCCUGGAGGAACAGGAGAAUGCUCAGAAAGCUCUAGAUGCUCUGGAAAGAGCACAUCAACAGGCACUGGAGGAACAGAAGAAAGCCCAGAAAAAAUCUCUAGAAGAAAAGAAGAUGGCUGAGGAAGCCCUGGAAGAACUCCUAAGAGCUCAGAGGAAGUUCCAUGAAGAGCAGGAAAGAGCUGAGAAGAAAGCAGUGAGAGAAAGAGAGAGGGUUAAGAAGUCCUUAGAAGAAUUAAACACUGCUCAGAAAAAGGCUCUGGAGGACUUGGAAACAGCUCAACAAAAGGCCAUGGAGGACAAUGACAGAGCUCAACAAAAGGCCUUGGAGGAACAAAGGAUAGCCCAACUAGCCAUGGAGGAACUGGAGAGAGCACGUGCUAAGGCUGUAGAGGAACAGCAGAGAGCUCAGAUGGUGGCCUUUGAAGAACAGCAGAGAACUAAGAUGAUGCUUAUUGAACUGGAGGAGACACGGAAGAAGGCCUUGGAGGAACAGGAAAGAGCACAGAUGAAGGCUAUAGAGGAGCAAGUCAGAGCUCAUUAUAUUAUAGGGGAAUUGGCAAAAGUUCAAAAGGCAACUUUGGAGGAACAAGAAAGAGCUCGGAAGACAUCCUUAGCAGAGCAGCAGAGGGCCGAGAUUCUGCUUGAGGAGCUGGAGGAAAGACGAAAAGCCUUAGGAGAACAGGAAAGAACACAGGUGAAGGCCCUUGAGCAACAAGAGAAGGCUCAUCUUGCUACAGAGGAAUUGGCAAAGGCUCAAAAGGCAGUUCCGGCGGAACAAGAGAAGGCUCAGAACAAGCCCCUAGAAGAACGGGAGACAGCUGGAAAGGGCACAGAAGAACUGGAGAGAGCACAAAAACAGGCCUCGGAGGAAACGGGAAGAGCACAGAAUAAAACUGCACCACAAAUUCAGGAACCUGUUUUUAAAAGGAUUCAUGAGGUAUGCAAGUUAAUACAUAAACUGGGUGCUAGUGAGCUGGAAGGAGCUCGUAGAAAGAACUAUGCAGAGCAAGGAAAGGCUCACAUGACUCUAGGACAGAAAGAACAUCCACAGCCACAGAAGAGCACAGAGCAUGACAAGAGUUCACAAAGACCAUUCUCAGACUCUGUUUUGGACUUUUUCCAAACUGAGUAA